GUGAAAGGUAAAACUGAUCUUGGUGGAAUUGGAACGCACAACGUAAAGAAUCGACAUAAAACCAGUUCUUUUGUCGAAUACCCCCAAACCUUAACAGAACGACCCUAUACUCAUAUGAAUUCCAGCUGUUAUUUACGAACCAAAGUUCCCGUGGAUGGUAUCAAAUGUCACGGCCAGACACACCAUUACAUCACUUGUAAUAACCAGGCAUGCCCGAGCGGAUCACGUGACUUUCGAGAACUUCAGUGUGCCUUUUUCAAUGGUCAAAGAUACGCAGGUCUGAAACGGAAAUGGAAGCCAGUCCGAUCAGUGAGUCGAAGUCCUCUUUGGAACGUUUCCUCCGUCAACCCUUGCGUUCUUGCCUGUGCUCCAGAGAAGAUGAGUUGGUUGGUGGUCAUGUUCACCCGCGUCGUAGUUGAUGGAACCAGUUGCGCACCCAGUAGCGUCUGUGUGGCCGGCAAAUGUGUUCCACUUGGAUGCGACAACGUGUUGUUUUCCUCAGCCGUUCCCGAUAUGUGUGGUGUUUGUGCCGGUGACAAUUCCACCUGUUACCAUAAACAUGGCGUCAUCAAAAAGAACCUGACGAGAG